AAUUUCCUAAGGCAUAAAUUAUAUUUAAAAUUCUAAUCCUAAUUUCCGGUCGUUUAGGGUUCGUGUUUGUGAUUGCCGCUUCAAUUUCAAUCGCGCCAACUCUAUCUAUCAGACGAUCCUCACAUUCACAUUGCAACUCAACUUCACGUAUCCUACAAAGUCUUCAGCCGUCUGAUUUUGAUCACCCUCAACGCCACCACCCAACGAGCAUGUUCUUCUUCCUUUCAGGUGGUGAGGAGUCUGAUACCUGCCGCUCCCAUUCUCAAAAAUAAAAGAUGAGUGUCAACGCAAGAUAUAUCACGCCCAGUGAAUUCUCCCCAAAUUAUGGCCAAAUGAUUUCUUGCUAGAGGGGUCGUGUUCGGGAUAUAAAAUGAAUUGAAUUCCUUCCUUAACAGCUUGAACUCAAUUCUGUUUGUUAUGAUCCUCACAAUCUUACUAGGUUGUCAGUGAUCCCUUAGAUUUGCAUCUACACGUUGGUACAGCUACAACCUUUUUCCGCCUUCUCCAAAUCUUCUCUUGCGUCCUUCUUUCCGCCAUCAUCAUCGUCGUCGUCGACUUUCAUCUGCUUCCUUCUUCAUUUGGGCACGAAUGGACAAGUUUUUAAUGCUUGGAAACAUUAGGAGAGCUGUCCAAUCUAUUCGUAGGAUCCAUAAAAGUAGAUAUCUCGGAGUGAGUAGAGAUGGAGCUUUGGUCUCAGUUGCACCUAAUAUCAACCAAUGCAGGAUGUAUAUGCAAUAUAAAUUUCCUAGUGAAGGAUGUAGUUCAUUCAUGUGGCGAGGAACUAGAGAAAACUUCCACAAAGGCCGUUCAAUUUGGAACUUAUCUGCAAUCUCAACAAAAAAUAUAGCAGCACAAAAUCCUCAAACUUGGAAAUUGCUGUACAAGAUAUAUUCCUCCAAUGGUUCUAAUGGAUUUACCUCCAUAAAUAUGGUUGCUCAAGCAGUGAGCCUGGCUUUAUCUCGUUCUUGUUUUCUGAUUCCUAGUAUUUUUGCGUUUGCAUGUGGAGAGCUAGCAUUGGCUCAGCAAAAUCAGUUAGAUGCAGGGUGUUACCCUUCACAAAAUGCUUUGUCUACGCGUGCACAAGAUGGAUACAGUUACAUGUUUGCAUUUGUAUUCAGUGUGGUAGAAAGCCUGGUCUUAUUAACAAGAGCUAUAUAUCUAACAAUAUUAUUCUCUCCAAGCAUUCUAAUGGCACCACUUGCUGAUUAUUUUGGACCAGAGUUCAGGAAAAUGUGGCUCCGGAUUGUUCAUCGCACACUAGAAAGGGCAGGUCCAGCAUUCAUAAAAUGGGGUCAGUGGGCUGCUACACGGCCUGAUCUAUUUCCUCAAGAUCUAUGUACUAAGCUUGCGGAACUUCAUUCGAAAGCACCUGAGCACAGUUUUAGCUACACAAAGAAAACUAUAGAAAAAGCAUUUGGCCGUAAAAUUUCUGAAAUUUUUGAGAAUUUUGAAGAAUUGCCUGUUGCAUCUGGAAGUAUUGCCCAAGUGUAUCGUGCUUCUUUAAAAUACCGUUACCCUGGUCAGCAAGCAAAGCCCAUGGUAGUUGCAGUGAAGGUCAGACAUCCUGGCGUGGGAGAAUCUAUUAGAAGAGAUUUUGCUAUUAUCAAUUUUGUGGCAAAAUCUUCAAACUUCAUCCCUGCACUUAAUUGGUUAAGGUUGGAUGAAAGUGUUCAGCAGUUUGCAGUUUUCAUGAUGUCUCAAGUUGACCUUGCAAGGGAAGCUGCUCAUUUGAACCGCUUUAUUUACAAUUUUCGUCAAUGGAGGGAUGUGUCUUUCCCUAAGCCUGUUUAUCCACUUGUGCAUCCUGCAGUUUUAGUGGAAACAUAUGAGAAUGGAGAAAGUGUCUCGCAUUAUGUUGAUGAGCUUCAAGGACACGAACGGAUUAAAAGUGCUCUUGCUCAUAUUGGUAGUCAUGCACUUUUAAAGAUGCUUCUGGUGGACAACUUCAUUCAUGCAGACAUGCAUCCUGGAAAUAUCCUUGUUCGAGUGCCUCGGAGCAAGGAUCGCAAACGGUUCUUCAAAUCUAAGCCUCAUGUAAUUUUCCUUGACGUAGGUAUGACUGCUGAGCUCUCUGGUAGCGAUCGAGUAAAUUUAUUGGAUUUUUUCAAAGCUGUUGCCCGCAGAGAUGGUCGGACUGCUGCUGAGUGCACACUCAGGUUGUCAAAGGAACAGAAUUGCCCUAAUCCGAAGGCUUAUGUUGAGGAAGUGGAAAAGGCAUUUACCUUUUGGGGCACUCGAGACGGUGACUCAGUUCACCCUGCCGAGUGCAUGGAGCAAUUACUUGAGAAAGUUAGACGUCAUAGAGUUAAUAUUGAUGGCAAUGUUUGUACUGUCAUCGUGACCACCUUGGUUCUGGAGGGCUGGCAGCGCAAGCUUGAUCCUGGGUAUAAUGUGAUGGAGGCACUGCAGACAUUGCUGAUUAGAGCUGAUUGGGCAAAGUCUUUUGCUUACACAAUUGAAGGGAUCAUGGCUCCUUAAGGAAGGUGCUUUCUUGAGAUUAGUAGGCAUUUACACUAACAUCCAAUGAGAACUCUCUAUUUUCCGAUAUUGUACUAUCCAUUUGAAAAUGUAGUUACAAAAUAGGGUGGUGUGACCAAAUAGUUAAUUUUGAUUAGAUGUCAGUGUAAAGUAAAUUUACACUGACAUUGUAUAUCUUUUACAUCAUUACUUCUUUAUUGAGGCUCUUAAUAAGCAAUUUUCAAACGUAGCCGAGGGCAUUGGUCCCUUCUUUUGAUUCUC